AUGGCCUCCCGUCCGCAGAACAUCGGCAUCAAGGCCAUCGAGAUCUACAUCCCCAGCCAGUAUGUGGAGCAAUCCGAGCUCGAGAAAUUCGAUGGCGUCAGUACAGGCAAAUACACGAUCGGGCUUGGGCAAACAAAGAUGAGCUUCUGCGACGAUCGCGAAGACAUCUACUCGUUCAGCUUGACUGUCUUGUCCAAGCUCCUCAAGAACUAUGACAUCGACACGAACUCGAUCGGCCGCCUCGAGGUCGGCACCGAGACCAUUCUCGACAAGUCCAAAUCUGUCAAGUCGGUGUUGAUGCCGCUUUUCGGCGAGAAUACGAACAUUGAGGGUGUCGACACUGUGAAUGCGUGCUACGGUGGCACCAACGCCGUCUUCAACGCGGUCAACUGGAUCGAGUCUUCGGCCUGGGAUGGCCGCGAUGCUAUCGUCGUCACCGGUGAUAUUGCCCUCUACGCUAAGGGCAAUGCACGGCCCACGGGCGGUGCCGGUGCCGUUGCCAUGCUCAUUGGCCCCGAUGCGCCCAUCGUUUUCGAGCCCGGUCUCCGCGGCACCUUCAUGCAGCACGCCUACGACUUCUACAAGCCCGACUUGACGAGCGAGUACCCCUACGUCGAUGGCCAUUUCUCGCUUACAUGCUACACUAAGGCCCUCGAUGCUGCCUACCGUGCGUACUGCAAGCGUGAGGCGAAAUUCACCAACGGCACCAACAGCACCAACGGCCAUGCGAACGGCAAUGGCGCUGCCGAGGCUGCUCUUCCCAAAACCCCUCUGGACCGCUUCGACUAUCUCUCCUUCCACUCGCCGAACUGCAAGCUCGUGGCCAAGGCGUACGGGCGGCUUCUGUACCAUGACUAUCUUGCCGACCCCGAGAGCAAGGCCUUCGCCGAGGUCCCGCCUGAGCUGCGUGACAUGGAAUACCAGAAGUCACUGACCGACAAGGCGGUCGAGAAGACCUUCAUGGCGCUUACAAAGAAGCGCUUCCAGGAGCGCGUCUACCCCGGCAUCCAAGUGGCGACGAAUGUUGGCAACAUGUACUGCGCGAGUCUCUGGGGCGGCCUGGCUGGCUUGAUCAGCUAUGUCGAUGACGCAACCCUCCAGGGCAAGAGGAUAGCCAUGUUCAGCUACGGCUCCGGUCUGGCCGCUAGCUUCUUCUCCCUCCGGAUCAACGGGAGCACCGAGAAGAUCCGCCAGGUCUUGAACAUCCAGGGCAGGCUUGACGCCCGCCGGGCGGUGCCCCCGGAGACGUACGAUGCUAUGUGCGACCUCCGCAAGAAGGCCCACCUUCAGAAGGGCUACACCCCUGAGGGCGAGGUCUCGACCAUUGCCCCUGGAACGUACUACCUCACCAAGGUCGACGAUAUGUUCAAGCGAGAAUACGCAAUCAAGGAGUAA